GAAACCGAGGCCCGGAAGCUGCGGGUCGGUGUGAAGGAGGUGGUGCUAGCCGACCUCUGGAACCCCGUUCCGGAGCGGACUUUCGCCCCGCCCCGUUCUGUCAGGUCCUCCAGCGCGUCCUCAGUCACGCUGGGAAGCUGUCAGUCAUGGCGCUGUCCUCGAGACUGUGGCGUCUUCUCCCUCCGCUCCGCGUCUGUCAGCAGACGAGGACCUGGGGCCGCCGUGGGCGCUGUGGCGCCUGGGGAGUCCGCGCUUGCGAGGUGAUAGGAAAUACAAGACCUUUCAAGAGAGGCCUUUUAUUCUCAGCCUUGUCUUAUUUGGGUUUUGAAACCUAUCAAGUCAUUUCUCAGGCUGCUGUGGUUCAUGCCACAGCCAAAGUUGAAGAAAUACUUGAGCAAGCAGACUACCUCUAUGAAAGUGGAGAAACAGAAAAGCUUUAUCAGUUGCUUAUACAGUACAAGGAAAGUGAGGAUGGAGAGCUACUAUGGCGGCUGGCACGAGCAUCCCGUGACAUAGCACAGCUUAGUAAGACUUCAGAAGAAGAAAAGAAAGUCUUGGUGUAUGAAGCUCUAGAUUAUGCAAAAAGAGCACUAGAGAAAAAGGAGUCAAGCUCUGCUGCUCAUAAGUGGUAUGCAAUCUGCAUUAGUGAUGUUGGAGAUUAUGAAGGCAUCAAGGUUAAGAUUGCAAAUGCCUAUGUUAUCAAGGAGCAUUUUGAGAAAGCAAUUGAGCUGAACCCUAAAGAUGCUACUUCAAUUCACCUUAUGGGUAUUUGGUGCUAUACAUUUGCUGAAAUGCCUUGGUAUCAAAGAAGAAUUGCUAAAGUGCUGUUUGCAAAUCCUCCUAGUUCCACCUAUGAGGAGGCCUUAAGAUACUUUCACAAAGCAGAAGAAGUGGAUCCAAACUUCUACAGCAAAAACUUGCUGCUUUUAGGAAAGACAUACUUGAAGCUAAACAACAAAAAGCUUGCUGCGUUCUGGUUGGUAAAAGCCAAGGGUUAUCCAGCACACACAGAAGAAGAUAAACAGAUACAGACAGAAGCUGCUCAAUUGCUUACAGGCUUGUGACGAGAACUGAGAACAUUUUGGAGAAGGCAACAACAUACCUAAUACUUUGUUUUCACUGAUUUAUAAACAUUAUACAUUAAUCGUCACGGCUGUAUGGCUUUUUUUUUUCUCAGUUCUUUUAUGUGUGACCAUUUUAAAAAAUAAAUGUAAAAAGUUCUGGUUUCUUCACAAGUAAAUAAGAAACUGCCACAGUGUGCCCUAAGAGUAGCAGCAAUACAUUCCCCUGGUUCAGACAGACAUUUGGAACACCAAGAGAAAGAAAAUGGUAUGGGAUAUGUAAGUAUUGAUCACUUGAGGAAGAACCGUUUUCAAAAGGCUUUGUGAGCAGGUGGCACAUGAGGGAACGGUUCUCAAGCUGCAAUCGAAUGAAGUUGCUGACUUAGAGAAGCUAGCUGUUUAGGAUGCUGAGGGUUCCUUGCAUAAAGACCUUGAAUGAUAUGUGUCUUAGAGGCAACCUGAAUAAAGAAAAAUUCUGUGGAACACUCUUAAAAAUGUGGUAUACCUCCAUAGAUGGGUUGAAUUUGUUACUUGACAAAUUGUAAUCCUACUUAGAAUGGAGGGACACAUUUCAGGGUUAAAGGAAAUAGGCAUUUACCAGGCAGAGUACUAAACCUUGAGUCUGAUAUGCCACCACUAUAAACUUACAACAACUAGAGCUGAAUGAAUAUGGGACUGUGUAUGGGUAUUUUCCCCAAAAGUCAUGAGAAUUGUAAUGUUAAAUAAACUACAGCAGGAUGUGUA